AUGGAACUUGUACAAGAAAAAACUUUAUUGAACACUCCAACAAGAAGAGGUUCCUCUAAAGCGGAUCAAGGAAUGAACAAUAUUCUAUUUGGUUCGAUUGCCGGUAUGGCUGGUAAAUUAAUAGAAUAUCCAUUUGAUACGAUUAAAACGCGAUUACAAUCUCAACCAUCAGAUAAUAUACAAUUCAAAGGACCAUUAGAUUGUUUUCGCCAAACGUUAACACAUGAAGGAUGUUGGGGAUUUUACCGAGGAUUAUCGUCACCAUUAAUGGGAGCAAUGUUAGAAAAUGCCUGUUUAUUCUUAGCAUAUAAUCAUAUACAAACAAUGAUAAGAGAAUAUACGACACCUAAUUAUAAUAAAUCACAACCACCACCUCUUACUAUGGCACAUUUCUGUAUUUCAGGAGGAUUAUCAGGUUCAUUGGCUAGUUUUUUAUUAACGCCGGUCGAAUUAAUCAAGUGUAAAUUACAAGUACAAGAGACGUUCUCAUAUGGAAAUAGUAAUAGCGGAGGAGCUAGUGUCACGAUGAAUAAAGGACCACAUUAUAAAGGACCAUGGAACGUUAUAACAUAUACGUUAAAACAUCACGGUAUUAGUGGACUUUAUCGUGGGCAUUCCGGUACGUUUAUAAGAGAGACCGUAGGAGGUGCGGCAUGGUUCGGUACAUAUGAAUUCGUGAGUUCAAUCGUGUCACAUCGAAUCAGUCUCAAGGAAAAGAAUGUGACGAAGAAUGAUUUAUCAGCGAUAGAAUUGGUGAGCGCGGGAUUUCUUGGAGGAGCAAGCGCAGGAAUGGCGUAUAAUUUAUUAAUAUAUCCGGUAGAUUCAAUAAAGAGUCAGAUGCAAACAGAUGAAGAAGUUAUGAGAGCAACCGGUAAAGAAGUAAUCAAGAGAGGAUUUUGUAAAGUCGGUAGAGAUUUAUAUAAAAGUGAUGGAAUUAAAGGAUUUUAUAGGGGUUGUGGUAUUACCAUUGCUAGGGCUGUUCCUAGUAAUGCCAUCAUAUUUACGACUUACGAAAUUUUGAAAAGGCAUUUCACCGGCACAUUUAACUUUGCAUCAUCUUAA